CUCGCAUGGCUCGUCCAGCCUCGUGAGCCUCGACUCGAGCGCUGUCGCUGCCGCGGCCGCGCUCUGUGGGGCCAGAGAUAGCGCCUCGUUGUGCCGCGGCCCGAUGUUGCGCCUCGCGUGCCGGCGGCGCGGCAUCGGCAGCGGCGGCUGAGCUGCCGCGGCACGUCUGUUGAGACGCCGCUGGUCCCACCGCACCGCCGAGAGCGAGGCCGUGCCUCGGCCGGCUGCUAUCGCGCCACUGUGAACGGCGGCACUUGCUGCCUUCUCACCACCACCUCAAGCCCCACAAUGUCCACGCACGCGCCGCCGUCGGGCGAGAAGGCCGUGGCGCCGACGCUGCAUGCGCUCGACGAGCAGGUCGCCGCCGCCGCCAGCACGCCGCUCGAGCAGGGCGCGCACCAGAACCGCUUUGGCCUGCUGAGCAUCAUCGGGCUCAGCUAUGCCAUCCUUAACUCGCCCACCGCCAUGAGCGCCAGUCUCAGCGUCGUGCUCAGCAGCGGCGGGCCCGUCAGCGUCAUCUGGGGCGUCGUCGUGUCCGCAACCGGCGUGCUGGCGAUUGCUGCCAGUCUGGCCGAGUGCUGUGCUGUCGCGCCAACGUCGGGUGGGCCAUAUCACUGGGCCUUCAUGCUCUCCGGCCGCUCGUACCAGAAGGCCACGGCCUUCAUCACGGGCUGGAUCGCCGUCGCAGGCUGGGUCUGCCUCACUGCCACGACCAGCUCGCUUGCGGGCACCCUCAUCGUCGGCGCGAUCGCGCUCAUGCACCCGGACUACGAGGAGAAGGCGUGGCACGUCUUUCUCAUCUAUGUUGGCUUUGCGAUCCUCGGCUGGCUGGUCAAUGUGUUCGGCGCCUCGCUGCUCGACCCAAUCAACCGCGCCGCCCUCUUCUGGUCGCUCGCAGGCGUCGCCGUCAUCAUGAUCACGACGCUCGCCUGCGCCUCGCCGACGUUCCAGUCGGGCGACUUUGUCUUUCGGCAGUUCGUCAACUCAACCGGCUGGCCUGACGGCGUGGCGUGGAUUCUCGGACUGCUGCAGAGCACAUUCGGUCUCGUCGGCGUCGAUGGCGUCACGCACAUGGUACACGAACUGCCGAACCCAGCGUUGAACGCACCGCGUGCAAUGAUCCUCGCUCCGAUCAUCGGCGCAGGCUCUGCGAUCAUCCUGCUCAUCACGUUCCUCUUUGUCCUCUCCGACUUUGCGGAGGUCACGACCGGCUCUGCUGGGCCGUUGCUCACGAUUCUGUAUCAGGCGACCAACAAUCGCGCUGGCGCGAUCUGCCUCUACGUCUUCCCGGUCGCUUCUAUGGCAUUCGCCGCCAUCGCUAUCCUAUGCGCCAGCUCGCGCCAGACGCAGGCGUUCGCGCGCGACCGCGGCAUUAUCUUCUCGAGCUUCUUCGCGAGCGAGAAUGAGCGGCUCGGCGUGCCGGUGCCUGCCAUCACCUUCUCGACAAUCUGGGUCUGCAUCUUCGGCCUGGUGUUCCUGGGCUCCUCGACUGCCCUCAACUCUAUCUUGAGCGCGAGUGUCGUGCUGCUACAGGUGUCGUACUGCAUCCCGGUCAUCCUGCUGCUUAUUCGCGGACGGCGACUGCUCGAUGAGCUUGCUGAAGGCGAGCCGCGGACGUUCGAUCUCGGGCGCUGGGGCUAUGCUGUCAACGCAUACGGCGUUGCGUUCAUGCUCCUGACGACUGUCUUCUUCUUCUUCCCGUCCGAGCUACCGGUGUCGGGCAGCAACAUGAACUACGUCGUCGUCGUGUGCGCUGUUGUGACGCUCAUUGCCGUCAUCUCGUACCUCGUCGAUGGACGCCGCAACUACGUCGGUCCCCUCGACAUUGGCCAUCAGCUGGCUCUCGCACGCGCCCGGGCGUCUGCACCGGGGGCCACAGACGUCGGCGGCAAGACGUCGAGCAAGGAGGGAAGCGGGGUGUAG